UUACGAGGCGAGCGGGAAUUCUACAGGAUGCCUAUUGGGAUACUAUCAUCGCUUCGUCUACAGACUACGACGAAACCUCAUUGCCUCAACCCUAUCGCUUCGCUUUCAUGCCAAUCCCAUUGGUCGACCUUCAGAUCCAUUCGGAGAUGCCUGUCGAUCUGUAUCAACCUGGCAUUAUGCAAUCACCCCUCAUCUUAGCUCGAUGAGAUUCAUCUCGACACCCGACGGAUGCCUCCUCCGCCACUGCCACCCCCUCCGAUGGUCCUCCCACUUUACGUGUCUUCAUCCAGCACUCUAUCUCUUCUUCUCUCUUCUUCUCCUCUUGGUGUCUCUAGUCAACGAGGAUUCGUUGGCGAAUCUUCAAGGAACGCAUCACCGGAUUAUAUCCAGCCAUGGUGCCAUCCCCGAUUGCUUGUUGGAGGGUGGGAGGAAGACGAUCCUCGCGCGGAACCAGUAUAUAAGCAUGCUGAAUCCAACCUGGAUAUGUGCAGAUCAAUUAUCAUAGUCGGUUUGGCGAUAUACGAUUCCAACAGUGUGAUUCAAUAAUAUCUAUUAUCGAUCGACAACGCGCAACCAACGAGAUGAGAUCGCUCUCUAUAGCACUGCUGGCCAUCAUUGGUACGUGCUAUGCUGCAAGAUUAGAUACCACUUAUCUUCCGCCCAGUAGUGCCGGAAGUGCAGGUGGACCAGGAUUGAUUCAUCCUCCAUCAGGACACAGUGGAGGUGGACCUAUUAAACUUAGUCCGAGUGGUUCAGGUAGUCCUGGUGGUCCAAGUAGUUUUGGUGGUCCAAGUGGUUAUGGUGGUUCUAGUGGUCCUAGUGGUCAUGGUGGGUCGGGCGGAUUUGGUCCUGGGAGUGGUGGCGGCGCUUACGCAGGCGGUGGACUAGGUGGUGCCCAUGGUGGUGGCCAUAGUGGCCAACAAAUACCCAUUAUUUCUUAUACUAGUGAGAACAUUGGUGACGGAAACUAUCAAUAUAGUUACGAAACUGGAAAUGGUAUUACCGUACAAGAAACAGGUCAUCGGCAAGGAGAAUCCGAAACGGUGAGCGGAUCCUUUUCUUAUACUGGUUCCGAUGGUGUGCAAUAUUCGAUUACGUAUACGGCGGACGAAUAUGGUUUUCAUCCUCAAGGCGCUCACUUGCCGACACCACCUCCGAUUCCACCGGAAAUUCAACGAGGUGUUGAAUUAGCGCUCGCUGCCGAAGCUAGGGGAGAGAAUCAGGAUGGUGGUGGUGGAGGAUAUUCGCACGGAGGCAGUGGAUAUCCUAGCGGAGGAGGUGGCCAUAGUGGCCAUGGAAGCAGUACCUAUCAGGGGCCAAGCUCAUACCAGACAAGUUCAAGUGGUGGCUAUCAAUAUUAGGCAACAGAUUGACGAGGAUCAUUUAUGCGCAUACCGAACACAGGCAUGCAUACCAUUUUCCGUUUAUCUAUUUCAUGUACAUAACGAUAUAUCAUUCAUGCAAUUUUUUUAUUUAUAUAAAGUGAUAUGACUUAUUUAUACCCACUCUUUAAUUUUUCUUUUCUUAAAGUUGCUUUUGUGUAGCAGAUAUUAAAACACCUUAUACAUAUACAUGACACUAUGCAAUUGAGAACUAAACAACUGCGAUAUAUAUUAUGCAUUAUUCUUUAUAUGCGUUUAUUAUACAC